AUAAGAGGCUUGAAAAUUACCUAGAUGACAAUUGUAUAUUCAAGUACUGCUCAAAGGCUACGACACGUCAUAAAAUUAAAAUUGUGCAACAUGAUGUGCAAGUGACAAAAACCUGUAGUUAUUGUUAUUGUAAACAUACUGAAGCAUUGAAUGGAAAUCAUGAAAAUCUAAUAUCCUUAGUGUACAGCAACAUGCUAAAUGGCAACGGAUAUACAUAUUACCAAAGCAUGUGUUCUAUAAAUAACAUAAAAUUUGUAUCACAUAAACCAUAUAACGAGAUCCAGAAGAAGAUAAGAGAUGCUGCUAAUGAGAGAUGGGUGCAUUUGCAAGAAAACACUCGCAGUAUCAUAUUCAGUCAUUACAAAAAUCAUUUGGAUAGACACCCCAUUGAUGGCGUCCUAGACAUUGAUGUGUCCUUUGAUGGAUCUUGGCAUACAAGGGGCCAUCAUUCACAAAUUGGCACUGCUUUUGUUGUGGAAAUAUUCACAGGGCUGGUUGUGGACCACAAUACUUUCUGCAAAAACUUCACCAAGUGUUCUGCGUUCAAGCAUAGAAAACAAAAUGGAAAAAUAACACAGGCUGAGUUUGACACUGAAAUGGGUAAACAUUUACCGGAUUGUGACAAGAACUACAAUGGAACUGCCAAAAAUAUGGAACCGGAUGCCGCGGUAUUGAUGUGGGGUCGAUCUCUAGACAAAAAACUCAGGUAUACGACCUUGGUCGGUGAUGGUGAUUCUUCAGCCUUCAAUAAAAUUUGUGCAAUGAAUAAUGGUGAUGGACCAUAUGCAGACGUAAGAGUGGAUAAGGCUGAGUGCAUAAAUCACUUCAGCAAGAGACUUGCAACACAGCUUUGUAACUUUCAGAAAACAGCUGUCGAAUGGAAGGAGACAAAAGAGCCUGUCAAAAAGACCAGACGAAUGUCACUGGUCAAUGGGAAGGGAAAAUUAACUGACAGCACCAUUCUGAAGUUGGCAAGUUACUUUACAAAAGCCAUCAGGGAUAACAUCAACUCGGACUGGAAACAAAUGAGGGAUGCCUGCCUGUCUGGACUGUUCCAUGCAACGUCGACGGAUGAAAAGCCAAUGCACAUGCACUGCCCUAAAGGCAAAGACUCUUGGUGUUUCUACCAGCAAGACAUUACAAAUGGAAUGACCCCACGAUCACACAAGACGAUGAAAGUACAUUUCCAGCUACCCAGUAUUCACAUGACUGAAGUCUUGAAGAUAUACAACAAUCUUGUAUCGGAGGACAACAUGACCAAGUGCCUGAAGGGGAAGACUCAGAAUCCAAACGAGUCUCUACACCACCGAGUUUGGAAACUCGCCCCCAAAGACAAAUAUGUUAGUCGUGUAAUGGUAGACUUCGCCAUGGCAAUGACAGCUGUCAACUACAACGCUGGGUAUAUGAUGGGAUCUCUGACGAACCUCCUUGGUCUACCACAGAGUGACAUUCGGGACCGGUACUUCAACAUGAAGGACAAGAAGAUGCAGAAUCCAACGAGACGCACCACCAAGCCAAGAAAGGCCCCUGAGGAAGCUGACCCUGGCUAUGGGGCAGGUGCCUACUAGUGCCAUUGCAGUGCCACCUUGAGGACCCAUAUUUCAGACCAAUUAUUUUAGGCGAUCUUCAUGGAACUUACACACCUUACUGAAGGCAUGCCUAUCUACAAGGAUGCAAAUUUUGAAUGAAAUUGGUCGACAUCAACCUCAGCCACAGGUGGUUGAACUUUGACCUUUAUUUUCUACAGGCUGCGAUGCUGAAACUUGGACCAGGUGCAGCCCUUUUCACAUGUAAAACAUCAAUAAAUUUUGAUUGCACUAGAACAACUUUUAAUCAUCCCCAAUAACGCCCCCUUGUGUAAUUUUCUUUGACUGUGCUGUGUGCCGUGUGUGUGUUCUGUGUUCUUGUUUUAUGGUAUGAUGUCUGUUGUUGAGUGAUGUGACACAUGGUGCGUGUGUUUUGCGUAUGUUUUAAGUUGUAUAUAUGUAUUUCUUGUUUUGUUUUUACCUUUGGUUUCAAUGUGUUUCUCUGUGCACUUUUUUCGUUACUGACACCUUUGGCACGCCCCGUCAGGGUUGUGUAGCUUUUGUUUUUUGUAUGUUCCCAUGUAUUUUUAUUGUUAUUUGUUUUCACUUUUAUGUUAUAUUGCUGUGUGUGCCCUGUUAUCUGUAUUAUUGUUAUUCUGUGUUUCUUGUUAUUCUAUGCUCUCUGUGUGAUGUUACUGUGUAUGUUCUGUGUUGCUUCUUGCCUGCCCCGAGUCAAGUGUUGUGGAUGGUCUGUGUACUCUCUCAGACGCUAAGCUCCAUAAAACUUACUCAAAGCACUAAAACUUAAUUGGUGUUAGUGAGGGUUCCCUGUAUGGAACCAGGUCUCCAGCGGACAAGUUCUCGACUAAUUCUGACCAGAAAAAGGCUUUAGUUGUGUUUCCAUCAAUACUAACAUUACAAACGUUCUAUUAUUAGAAUGAAAGUAUGAUGGACAAGGUAAUGUAAUAGUUCUAAUGCUACCCUUGUAGUAAUAACCCUUUCCCUACUUCACUCAAUACCCCAGCUUAACACUGUUACAGUCCAGUGUGACCCCUCACUGGACUGCCACGAAUAUAAGCUGAAUAUUAAACAAGGAGGACACAACAAGAACAGGGGUUAUGAAUUUAUAACUAAUAAUUAAAAUCAUUAAAACACUGCCACCACCUUCCCAACCAUAAAUGAAUGUGUCUAAAUUAUUGUUUCCCCAGGAAGGAAGGGACUCAAUAAUCAUGGAACUCAAAGGGGCAAGUAAAUAAAUCUUAAUGGAUUAAUACUGUAAUCUUACUGAACUGAAGGGGGAUUCAAGAGCAACUUUAAUAUUCAUAAGAUGGAGGAGAACACAGGAACUUUCCAAGUCAACCCUCAACCACAUAUAAAAAUGACCAAGUAGAAAAAUAUAUUAAAAAGG